GGUUGAACAGUUUUCUGUCAAAGUUAAUAAUUAUCAUUUGUAGAAAUGUUUAUGUUGGAGUAGAUACUAUUUGAUUCAGAGACUUAAAGAUGUUUUUUGACCAUCCAGCUGUCAUGCUUUGUUUUUUUGUUUUUUUAACCAAGAUUACAUUCAGGGCACUGAGCCAGAAGCUGACUAAUGGCUUGAGAGUAGUUGAGGAUGUGCUAAGGUUUUUGUGACGGAGGGAGUCACCUGAGAGAAUGCUCCUCAUCUCUGCUAUAUAAGACCGAGCAGACGGGGAGGAGACCACGAAGAAGCUCCACGAGCAGGAGAGCAGAACGAUAACAAUCAGCGCCAAGCAAGAUCCCUCUCUUAAACAAUCUGCACAAAAGAACACAGGCAGCUUAAACAAUGAAAAGUGCUCAGUCUCUUGCUGGACUUAUGCUCCUUGUCAUCAUCCAAAGCAGUUGGCAGGUGCCUGACCAGGACACAGACCGAACACCGCUAUUGUUGAGUGAAAACUCAAUUUUAAGUGAUCCCAGUGAGUUCCCAAACAUGAAGAGGCAUUCAGAGGGAACAUUUUCCAAUGACUACAGCAAAUACCUGGAAACAAGAAGAGCCCAAGACUUUGUCCAGUGGCUGAAGAAUUCAAAAAGGAACGGGAGCUUAUUCAGACGCCAUGCAGACGGCACCUACACCAGCGACGUGAGCUCUUACCUGCAGGACCAGGCAGCCAAAGAGUUUGUCUCCUGGUUGAAGACCGGCCGAGGCAGAAGAGACUAAACUCCUCAAGCUGUUCUUGCGAAACGAAGCAGCUGUUUUUCACUGAUUCUGUGCAAUUACAUGUGUCACGACCUGUACUACACUUUCUUCUGGUAACACAAUUAAAUGUGUCUUCACAAGAA